AUGGCCAUUUUCGGUCUCUGGAUCAUCAACAAGGCUGGAGGUCUUGCAAUAAAUCUCAUAGGCUUCGUGGCAGAUGGACUAUCUAAACUAAGUCCAAACGAAUACUUGGUUCUCGCAGGUACUCUUCAUGGCAUACACGCCAUCACCAGUCGACUGUCUCCCGCUGGUUCAAGUUCCGGCGUCCAGAUCAUCGAGGCAGAGUCUUUCAAGAUGAACAUUUUCCUCACGGCAACAGGCACAAAGUUUGUCCUUUUAACUUCCCUCACGGACACGACAGCCGAUACAGCGCUACAACGGAUUUACGAAGCAUAUGCGGACUAUGUAAUGAAGAAUCCGUUUCAUACUCCAGAGAUGCCGAUCCGUACAGAGAGAUUCGAUGUCAAGGUCGCAGAAAUCAUCAAAGUAUUUGCAUGA